UGCUCCUAGACGUGUUGAAAUUUCAGAAACAAAAGCCAUUUAAAGUAGAAAUUGUGUGCCCGUAGGGAUGAAAUGGUCAGGAAAAGUCUCUAACCACUUUCAAUCUUGUAUUUUUACAUGAAAAUGGAAACAGAAACAGGAAAGCUGGUCGAGAAACAAAACCAAUUAUGUGGGACGUUGGAAACAAAACAAAUUGAUUGUGAACACGUCGAUAGCGGCCGGGAACCGAUAAAUCAAAACGGGAAACACAUGAUCCUACAUCCGUGACUCGAAAUGUUUAACUUCAUAAGAGUAUAUUCACUGUUUAAUUUUAAUUAACUAGUAUAGUGUCCAUGCUAACGCAACGGCUUCAUUUCAGGAAUGCACGUGAAAACAACCAAACGACAUUAUUUUUUUCCAUAGUUAAGUUUCACGCAACUGUACAUGACCAUGUAUAAUCACUCUAAUCAGUAAUUAGCUGUCGAGAGGUGGCUCAUGGUCCUGCAUGUUUGUUGAAAGCAGUGAGCAUUAUAAGAGACAAAAAACAAAAUAAUAAUCCAGAAGAAAUCACAAAAAUCAUUUGCUCCUCAAGCGUCGUUGCAGUGUCUGCUGGGGUGACCCAGAUCUACUCAUCAACAGCUGUAGCGGUGUCCUCAAGCAGCACUGCGCUCCACUCGAGUACCCGAUUUUUCACACCAACACGGAGUCCAGCAAGAAGUGGGUUGAUGCAACUGAAUUGCAAAGCAAAGAAACACCUGAAAAGAAAUGGGGCUUCAUGUCAAUCGUUAGUGAAUAAUGAUAGUGUAUAUUGAUUAAAUACUGCAUGAAAAAAGCUAACCAGAUGAAAAAUAACAUUAUAACACUAAACCCUUUGUAAUAUUUGGCAGUCGGUAACACCUACAUAGUGUUUUGUUGGUUCAACUUUAAUGUAAACAUAAAUAAAAUUAGUUCAUUUGCAUUUCCGCCAGUAAGGUCUGCAGCUAUAAAUCGUUUGUGUUACUGUCAGUAGAACCAAACAGCUCACUAUAUUCUAUAGAUGUACAACUCACAUAUAGUAGAAGGCUAGAAGCUUUUCAUCAGUGUUAGAAUAUAUUGUAACAGCCCAUAUUGGGCGUACGGCCCAUUGGCCUUGUACACUGUAACCCUAGCCUAUUAGGCUAUAUAAUGAAGGUCACCCCCCUGAUUAGGGUGUGCGGUGUUUCUCUACAUGGUAUCCUCUCUAAUUACGAUCCUAAACUUCCGCUUUGCUUCUCCUCCUCCGCUCGUGCGAUCUCUCUGAGACCGCGCGCCACCGCACCAUCGGCCGCGCCCUACGCGCCGCCGCCUUCCUUCCAGGCCGCGCGCACUCCCAGGCCACGUGCGCCGCCGCCUUCCUGGCCAUCUCGCGACGCUGCCUUCCGCGCGGAUCAGCGUCCAGGCCGUCACCGCGCGGAUCAAUCGCGAUCCGCGCCCAGGCCGUCACGCGCGGUUCGCGGCUCGAUCGCGACCACCUUCGCGCCGCCGUUUUCCAGGACGCGCGCCCAGGUCCGCCCUCGCGCCGUUCGUCCUCUUCGUCACGUGCGGCUCGCGGUCCUACGGCCUCCCGCGACUCUUCUGUGGACUACGUCGCGAAUCUUCUCUACGCCAGCUGCGCCCAUGACGUCGUCCUCGUCGAGUUCCUCCUCCAUAACCGGAGCCCAGUCGUCUGGUGCUCUGGGGGACUCUGUUUCCGCCCCCCUCUUCGCCGCCUACGCCUCCGUCAACGUCAAGCAGCACGUCCCCAUCGCGCUCAGCCUCGAGCGCCCGAACUACUCUAAGUGGAAGGCCUUCUUCACCGCCCUCUGCGGCAAGUACGGUCUGCUCGGCCACAUCGACGGCACAGCGGCCGCGCGCCCGGCUGACAACCUGUGGUCUCAGCCUGACGCCUGCAUCCGCGGCUGGAUGUACGGCUCCGUCGACGACGCCGUCCUUGACCUCGCUAUGGAACCCGAACAGGAUGCGCGCGCUCUGUGGGUCUCCAUCGAGGCCUUGUUCCAGGCGAACAAGGAGUCCCGCGCCGUCGUCCUUGAGCAGGAGUUCCACAACCUGCUCCAGGGCGACCUCUCCAUCGACGCCUACGCCCAGCAGAUGAAGCGCACCGCCGAUGCCCUCCGGGAGGUCGGCCACACUAUCUCUCCUGCUCAGCUGGUGCUUAACCUUCUGCGCGGCCUUAACCCGCGCUUCGCCAAUACUGCUGACAUCAUCUCCAACACGUCGCCACUUCCCGACUUCAAAGCUGCCACCAACAUGCUUCGUGUCAAGGAAAUCCGCCUUGGCACUGAGGGCAAGGCGGCCUCGGCCUCAGCUCUGGUUGCCUCCACCACCUCUGCCUGCACAUCGCCGUCCUGCCAGUCCACCCCUCCUGCGUUCACCAAUCGUGGGGGCGGUGGCAAGGGCAAGGGUGGCAAGGGCAAGGGCAGCCGUGGUGGCAACGGCGGUGGCAACGGCGGCAGCAGCAGUGGCGGCGGUGGACGCCACCAGCAGCAAGGUGGCAACGACGGCGGUGGGCGCAACCAGCAGCAAGGCGGCAAUUUCGGCGGGCGUCAGCAGGCCGGCCCCUGGGUGUGCUACAGCCCUUGGGCUGCUCCGUGGCCUCCCCAGCAGCAGCAGUGGGGCGCGCCACCUGCGCAGCAGUGGGGUGCACCAUCUGCGCCUCCUCCACAGGCACACACCGCCUUCGCGCCUCCGCAGUUCUCCCAUGCCGGCGGUCCCCCAGCGUACGGGCCCCCGGGCAGCUGGGACUCGGCCGGACUGAUUGCCGCCCUCAACCAGAUGGCGAUCCAGGGCGGGACUGCACCUUGGGUCAUGGACAGCGGAGCGACAUCUCACAUGUCCUCCAAUGACGGUAUUUUACUCUCCCGUCUCCUGUUGCCACCAUCGUACAUUACGGUCGGUAACGGUCAAUCCGUCCCUAUUCAUAGUCGUGGCACCUCUGUUAUUCAAAUAGCUGAUCGUCCUUUUCAUCUUGAUAAUGUUCUUGUCGCACCUCAACUCACUCGUAAUCUGUUAUCUGUUCGACAGCUUACUCGCGACAAUAACUGUUCCAUUGAGUUUGACGCCUCUGGUUUUUCUGUUAAGGAUCUGCAGACCAAGACGGUCCUCCUUCGGUGCAAUAGCUAUGGGGAUCUCUACACCAUUCCACACCACAUGCCACCUCGUUGCCAUGUCGCCGUCGUCUUCCCGGAGUUAUGGCACUCCCGCCUUGGUCAUCCUGCACCUGCCGUCGUCACAACUCUCAAUAAGCUAUCAGCUAUCCAGUGUAAUAAAGCAGCUCGCCACACUUGUCAUGCCUGUCAACUUGGCAAGCACGCUAGGCUGCCAUUCGCUAGUUCGGUUUCUAGUACAUCAGCUCCCUUUGAACUUGUUCACUGUGAUGUCUGGACCUCUCCAGUUUUGAGUAUUUCUGGCUUUAAAUUUUAUCUUGUCAUGGUUGAUGAUUAUACACAUUAUUGCUGGAUGUUUCCUCUUCGCCAUAAAUCAGAAGUUCAUGAACAUAUUGUCCAGUUUGUUGCUUACGCUCACACACAGUUCAGUUUUCCUGUGCGCUGUUUUCAGGCAGAUAAUGGCACCGAGUUUCUCAACAAUGCCACCGCUACCUUCCUAGCUAGCCGCGGCAUCAUGCUUCGCACCUCGUGCCCCUACACAUCCGCCCAGAACGGCAAAGCCGAGCGGAUGCUUCGCACCCUGAACAAUGCUGUUCGAACGCUUCUGUUUCAUGCCGCUAUGCCUUCGUCCUAUUGGGUUGAAGCCCUUUCCACCGCUGUGUUUCUGAUCAACCGGCGGCCGUCAUCCUCCAUACAUAAUGAUAUUCCCUAUCAUCUCCUUUACCGCAAAAUGCCAGACUACUCCAUCCUUCGCGUUUUUGGUUGCCUGUGCUAUCCGAACCUUAGUGCCACGACUCCCCAUAAAUUCUCCUCGCUCAGCAGCGUGUGUCUUCCUCGGUUACCCUCCUUCACAAAAGGGCUACCGGUGUCUUGAUCUUUCUACUCGCAAGAUCAUCAUCUCUCGCCACGUUGUUUUUGAUGAGACUCACUUUCCGUUUGCGGCUUCCAAGCCCCAACCGGAUUCUCUUGAUUUUUUGAUACAGGAUAUCCUUCCCGCGCCUGCCCCGUCCACCUCAGACGUCCGGCAUUCGCGGACUUCGGUUGCGCCUGCCUCAUCUGCCGCAGACGAUGCCGGCGACCCCGUUGGGCUGGACCCUGCCAUCUUGUGGCAUGGUGCUGCCUACAGACUGCAUCAGGCGCCCCGGCAGGACACGCCUGCCCCCUCGGCUUCUCCGACAGCAGGCGCCCCCGACGCUGCAGCUGAUCGGCAGCGGUUCGGCAUCCACUACACUCGUCGUCCGCGCCCGCCACCGGUCCCUCAGCCGCAGGCGGAGGCGCCGCCAGCCCUACAGCAGCCGGUGGUGCCCCCAGCCCCAGCACCGCUGGCCGUGGCGCUCUAGGCUCCAGAGCCUCCUGUGCGGGAGACUCGUUCCCGAACAGGCUCCCUACCGCCGCCUAUGCAGCGGUACGACUUCACCGCUUCGUCCAGCCUGGCUUCUCCGCUGCCAGGCAACACUCGUGCCGCGCUCGCCGAUGCCAAUUGGCGUGCGGCGAUGACCGAAGAAUACAAGGCGCUUGUGGACAAUGGCACCUGGCGUCUUGUUCCUCGACCGCCUCGUGCCAACGUCAUCACCGGCAACGGUACGACAUCGACUACGACGAGACGUUCAGCCCGGUUGUCAAACCGGCCACCAUCCGGACCGUCCUCAGCAUCGCCGCCUCUCGCUCCUGGCCGAUACAUCAGCUGGAUGUGAAGAACGCUUUUCUUCACGGCCAUCUGCACGAGACCGUCUACUGCCAGCAGCCGCCCGACUUUGUCGACCCGGCGGCCCCCGACCACGUCUGUCUCCUGCAAAAGUCCUUGUACGGACUCAAGCAGGCGCCCAGGGCGUGGCACCAGCUGUUCUCCGGCUUCAUUCAGCGGUCCGGCUUCACUGCUUCGACCUCCGACACGUCCCUCUUUGUUUACAAAGCGGGUGCCGACAUCGCCUACUUGCUGCUCUACGUCGACAUCAUUCUGACAGCCUCGUCGACUCCGCUCCUUCGCCGCAUCACCGAGCUUCUUCACUCCGAGUUCGCCAUGACAGAUCUCGGGGAUCUCCAUCACUUCCUUGGGAUCUCUGUUCCUGUCACAGCGCCAGUAUGCUGUGGAUCUGCUCCAGCGCGCCGGCAUGGCUGAGUGUCAUUCCACCGCGACUCCUGUUGACACUCAUGCCAAGCUCUCUGCUACAGCCGGCGCACCGGUGGCGGAUGCCACUCAGUACCGCAGCCUCGCCGGUGCGCUACAGUAUCUCACGCUGACUCGUUCGGAUCUCGCUUAUGCAGUUCAGCAGGUGUGCCUCUUCAUGCACGACCCGUGCGAGCCUCAUCUUGCGAUGCUCAAGCGUGUCCUGCGGUAUGUCAAGGGCACCCUCUCCACUGGGCUUCACAUCGGCACAGGCAGCAUCACCAUCUUGACUGCCUACUCCGAUGCCGAUUGGGCUGGAUGUCCUGACUCUCGGCGCUCCACAUCUGGUUACUGUGUCUUCCUCGGCGACAACUUGGUCUCUUGGUCCUCCAAACGACAAACGACGGUUUCUCGUUCGAGUGCGGAGGCUAAGUAUCGUGCUGUUGUGCACGCUGUGGCUGAGACCUGUUGGCUUCGUCAGUUACUCCAGGAGCUCCACGCACCCAUCUCUUCGGCGACGAUCGUCUACUGCGACAAUGUCAGUGCUGUCUACAUGACCGCCAAUCCGGUUCAUCAUCGUCGCACGAAGCAUAUUGAGAUAGAUAUUCACUUUGUCCGUGAGAAGGUUGCUUUGGGACAGGUUCGGGUGCUCCAUGUUCCAUCAUCCCAUCAGUUUGCGGACAUUAUGACCAAAGCGUUACCUGUACAGUUGUUCACUGACUUUAGGUCCAGUCUUUGUGUUCGUGACACUCCCGCUUAGACUGAGGGAGGGUGUUAGAAUAUAUUGUAACAGCCCAUAUUGGGCGUACGGCCCAUUGGCCUUGUACACUGUAACCCUAGCCUAUUAGGCUAUAUAAUGAAGGUCACCCCCCCUGAUUAGGGUGUGCGGUGUUUCUCUA